AUGGUUCGUCACUGUGGCCUAUUGGAGUUUCCAUCUUUGGGUGAUAGUCUGUCAUGGCGAGGAUGGCGAGAUAAAAAACCGAUUCGAUGUCGGCUAGACCGGGUUUUAGCAAAUGAACAGUGGCAUGAUAUGUUUACUGACUCGUUUACAGAGUAUUUAACAAUGAUUGCAUCGGAUCAUAAGCCGGUGUUGGCUGUGAUUGCGGACAAGACCCAAAGAGGUCGACGGAGCUUUCGGUUUGAUAGGCGUUGGCUGGAUAAGGAGGGUUUCUUUGGUGCCAUUGCUGAGGGGUGGAAUGUGGGGUCAAACUUGCCAAACACCUCUUUAGUUGACAAAGUGGCCACUUGUUGUCGUUAUAUCUCUCAAUGGAGGAACGCCCAAGUACCAUUUGGACAGGAGACAAUUGAGGAUCUGAAAUCAAAAUUAGCGGCAGCCCAGGAGAAUGAUGCUACUUCGGUUGAUGAGCUUGCGGAACUUACAUGGCAGUUGAGGGAGGCAUAUCGGGAUGAGGAGGUUUAUUGGUAUCAGAUAAUUAGGAGCAGGUGGAUGCGACUGGGUGACCAUAAUACUAGUUAUUUCCAUGCUCAGACAAAACAACGUCGGGUUCGGAAUCGGAUAGUCGGCCUCCAUGAUCAGCAUGGUAUUUGGUCGACGGAGGACAAUGAGGUCCAGAACAUUGCAGUUUCCUAUUUUCAAGACCUUUUUACUUCGUCGAAUCCUUCGGAAUCUGAGGAGACUCUUGGGGUAAUUGACGCCUCUAUUAGUCCAAGAAGUGCAGAAAUUUUCUGA